CCCGUCAACCCCAAGCCAUUUAUGCAGGAGCUCACGGGCAAGCCCGUCUAUGUCCGUCUCAAGUGGGGUCUCGAGUACAAGGGCUUCUUGGUCAGCACCGACGGGUACAUGAACCUUCAGCUCGCCAACACUGAGGAGUUCCAGGACGGAAAGUCAAAUGGCGCGCUUGGGGAAGUAUUCAUCAGGUGUAACAACGUGCUGUAUAUU